UGUGAGAGAGACAGAGAGAGAGAGCGAGCGAGAGAGAGGAGUGUGUGUAAGCGGAGUGUAUGAGCGUGAAGCACCGGGGAUCCUGAGCUUGGAGGAGAGCCGUGUGACUGGAAGGGGGGCUCUUCUGCUUGUGGAUGUAUGUGACAGGACAGCGAUUUUUUUUUGCAGGGGAGCGUACGUGUGCUUGAAUGUGUGUGUGUGAGAGACAGUGAGAGUGGACAUGGCAGUGUGCGUGUGUGUAUAGGUAACAGUGUCGUCGAUCAGCGACAGGCUCUUCGCAUUAUGCAGCCGACGAUGCUCAUCACACUUUGAAGACUGACUCAUCGAGACGGGCUGUGACAGUGGAAGAGACGAAAGAGAGGGAAAGACAGAUGGAUGAAAAAACAGAAAGGCAGUUUUAGGCUCUUGAUGCUUUAGGUCCCUCCAGACCAUCCAAGGGUCUAGUCCGUUUGUGGGACGCCAGUAGCUUCACAGUGGCCCCCCUUGUUCCCCCUCAAAUUGGAAUUGCAGACACAUACCCAGACAGGUAGCCAAAAUUGCCAGAAAAACCCUGAAAGGAAAAUUGAAUCCCCAGUUCUCUGACUUGAAGGAAGAUUUUAUUCAUUUCUGUUCCACGGACUUGGGAAAGAGGAUCUCCUGUUUCGCCGGGUCUUUUUACGCUGGUGAUCAUUCCUUUUUAGGAGAGCAGGAUCUUAUCCCGGAGAUAAGAGGCUGGCAGACAAAACGGGAUAGACACAGGCAUGGCUCGCCUCAACUGGUGCCUGGCUGCCGUCAUCAGCUGGGGCAAGUUCCUCUUUGCCUGCUUCUUUCCUCUGCGGGGGGCCAAGCGAGACAAGCCCGACGAGCUGGAGGGCGUCCACACACACACCUUCAAGCUGAAGCCAUUCAAGAAGGCCAAGAGCUGUGAUAUAUGCAAGCAGGCCAUCACCAAGGAGGGCCUCAUCUGCAAAGCGUGCCGGUUGUCCUGCCAUAAAAAAUGUGAAGUGAAGGUUACCACAUCAUGUCAAACAACUACCAACAAUGAACCGCCUCCCACUCCUCAGCUGCCAUUAAAGCAUGUAGAUACACCGGGAUCUACAAGGUCCUGUAAGAGUGUGGAGAUAAGGCGAAAGCAGUCGAGGAGUCAGAGUGUGGUUCAGGCCAUGGAGGAGAGCUAUGAGGUGGACCUGGUCUACAUCACAGAGAGGAUCAUCUCCGUGUGUUUCCCGGCCGCCGCCGAGGAGCGCAGCUACAUCACUCACCUCAAAGAGGUGGCGACGAUGCUGCGCUCCAAACACGGCGAGCACUAUCUGAUGCUAAACCUGAGCGAGUGGAGGAGCGACUUAUCAAACUUAAACCCCAAGGUUCUUGAGUUUGGCUGGCCGGACCACCAUGCACCGGCCCUGGACAAGAUCUGCAGCAUGUGCAAGGCCAUCGACACGUGGCUCAAUGGAGACCCACGCAAUGUGGUGGUGCUGCACAACAAGGGGAACAGAGGUCGCACUGGGGUGGUGGUGGCUGCUUACAUGCACUACAGCAACAUAUCUGCAAGUGCUGACCAGGCGUUGGACAGAUUCGCCAUGAGAAGAUUCUACGAGGACAAAGCACUCCCCGUGGGUCAGCCAUCACAAAGAAGGUAUGUGCAAUACUUCAAUGGCCUUCUCUCCGGACACAUCAAAAUCAACAACAAGCCCCUGUUCCUGCACCACGUCAUCAUGCACGGCAUUCCCAACUUUGAGUCCAAAGGGGGUUGCCGUCCUUUCCUGAAGAUCUACCAGGCCAUGCAGCCAGUCUACACAUCAGGAAUAUACAAUGUGCAAGGAGACAGCAACACAAGCAUCUGCAUCACCAUCGAACCCGGCCUGCUUCUCAAGGGAGACAUCUUGCUGAAGUGUUAUCACAAGCGGUUCAGAAACCCGACCAGAGACGUGGUGUUCAGGGUGCAGUUCCACACGUGCGCCAUCCACGACCUCGGCGUGGUUUUUGGGAAGAACGAGCUGGACGAGACCUUCAAAGAUGACAGGUUUCCAGAGUACGGGAAGGUGGAGUUUGUUUUCUCAUAUGCACCAGAAAAAAUUAAAGGCCUGAGCCACCUCGAAAACGGCCCGAGCGUCUCUGUGGACUACAACACCCAGGACCACCUGAUCCGCUGGGACUCCUACGAGAACUUUGAACAUCGCAGUGAGGACACCGUGGACGGGGAGCACGAUGUUAUUCACACCCAAGGCCCACUUGAUGGAAGCCUAUAUGCACGGGUCCGCAAGAAAGACUCCCUGGAGGGAGUUGUCACCAUCAAUGGCCUCCCAGUCCAUGAAAACGCCUUGACAAAUGCAGAGCACCCGUUACAGAACCCCAACCACCCCCUCCAAACUACUGAGCACACUCUUCCUGUGACAGGUCACCCCUCCCUCCCUGCAGUCGACCACACACUUUCCGUGAGCAGCGACUCAGGAAACUCGACAGCAUCCGUCAAGACUGAUCGUACAGACGAGCACAGCCAGUCCUUGCAGAGUGCCGCGAACCAUAACAACCAGACUGCCACCCACCCAUCACUCAGCCCGCAGGAGAAAAGAGAGCUUGACCAGCUUCUGAGCGGCCUUGAAGCACCGACCCAUCAACGACAAGCCUACCUGUCCACGUCUACAAGUCCAGGAGGAGGUGUCCGGCACCUGGUUCCAGCACAAGUGCAUGUCAAUGGGGGCCACACAAGACUAGUUGGCGCCCCUGUAACAGACGAACGGGAGACAGAUAUUCUUGACGACGAACUACCUAAUAGCCAAGAGGGCAACAGUGUGGACAGCUUGGGCACACUUUCAUCCCUUGAAGGUCAGGCGACACCAGGGGAUCUAUACUACCAAUCACAGACACCAAGUAGCAGGCAGAACGACGGGCCUUACCUAGAGAGAGGUGUUCUUGGCGAAAAGUUGAGCGAGAUGCCUGUGCAUGGAGUACGAACGCCAACGGCGAUGCAAGACAGAUCUGCGGACUCUGCAUCGCCACAGGGGGGAUACAGCAACUACCAGAACGGAGAAGGGAUGUACCGUUCUCAGUCCUUUGGGAAUCCACCAGCGAGCAGUCCUGAAACCAACGCUAAACUGAUGCCAAGGGCCCCAGAGCGGAGUACCAGUAGCAGGGAGGCUGUUCAAAGAGGCCUGACUAACUGGCACCAGUAUAGCCUCCCAGAUGAUCCGUUUGGCCCUCCUCUUCAGUCAACCCACAGCUUGCCUCACUUCCCAGCCUCACAGCGGGACAUUGAGCAGUCCAUCGAGGCGCUCAACAUGCUAAUGCUCGACCUGGACCCAAUCAACUCCCACAUGUCAAAGUCAAACAGUGCACCUCCUGGGGAGAACAGCCUCAGUUCGUCCCAGGUGCCCUUCUCCCAAACCCUUGCAAGACCCUCGUACCAAGCGGACUCUGCCAUCCACGGCUACAACAACUCGGGGUCUGUUAAUAACUCCUUCAAUCAGCCAUUGCGGUCAACUGGUAGAGUCUCAACAAUGUCCAACCAGAGCCCUGUCAUGGAGUCCCCAGUGUAUUCUCCCCAGAGGUCCAACGCAGGCUACCAACACCAGAACACCACCCCGACGCACACUCCCGAGCCGUACAUCCACACACGCCAAGCAGCCCACAACUACCCAAUGGACCCCUCUUCUAAUUUUAACCAGCAGGUGCAAGGAAAACCUGUGAACUCUUUCCCAGGUGGUGGGGUUUCCCACUCUCCAGACCUGCAGAGUUCAUCUCCUUACCAAGGCUACAGUGCCUCUUCCUCUCCCCUCCCCACACUCACCCCACAGCCCAAGGAUACAUCCUCUACGUCCUUGCCCAGAGAACAAGAUGCAGAGGAGGAGACGUUAAACUUGGAGGGCUUGGUGGCUCACCGUAUUGCCGAGUACAACGCUCGUAUCCGGGGCAUCAGUGAAAGCAUGACACCGCAAUCUGACCGCCAUCGCUCCUAUUCCUUCUCUGGUGUUAGAUCCAGGGGAAUGACCCCAGAAGUGACGCAGGAGACGGGUCGGCGUCGGACCACCAGUGAGGGACAAUACCAGAGCAGCACGCCACCAGUGGAUUCACCGGAUUUCGCCCACAACCUGGCACUUAACCCAGGAGGAAGACCAAGAGAGGGGCCCAUGCACAGUUACCGAGAAGCGUUCGAGGACGACGAAGCGGACCGGUUUGCCAACAGCCCAAUCAAUAGAGGUGGUGGUGAGAUUUCCCCACAGACCCCCAGCUUCCCCGUGUCGCCACAGACUCCUUACUUCAACAUGUCUCGCUCUCCUCCCGGCUUGGCUAAGACUCCUCUGUCAGCGCUGGGACUGAAGCCUCACCAGCACGAUGGAUCAGACUCUGAAUCUAAUGAUGGAGAUGAAGAAAAUCGUAAUUUCGGGGACUCCAGGGUGCAGCCGUUCAACGCUCCUCUCUCCUCCAGCAGCCCCGUCCAUGGUGUUGAUGGAAGAAGGAUGGGUUCCUCCAAUAGCCCCGCCCCCUCCCACCCUCACAGACCCGCCUCCCCUGAAGGCUCCCAGGUCAACAUCAUGGGCGUCCACACCGUCCCCGGCAGCCCCAACACCCUGCAUCGCACUGUGGCCACCAACACUCCGCCAAGCCCCGCCCUCCAGAGACGACUGGGCCAAGCCAGCCCCUCAUUGGCCAGACACCCUUCUCCUUCUGCAGGCGGCGUCCCAUCCAGCCCUCUGAUUGGCCGGAAAGUGGCAGCCGUGGCAGCCGCCGGCGUGCCUCCGAGCCCUCUGAUGGGUCGCCGGAUGGCCCCGGGCGGCCACGGCACGCCCGACGAGAUGGGAGCUGCGUCCCGCCUGGGGAGCGCGCAACCGCCGGCCACGCCCGCCUUCCCCGUCUCCCCGCAGCUCCCGGAGAAGAGACACAUGUCCAGCGGGGACGCGGAGAGGACGGACAACAAAAAUCUGACGCCCACGCCUGCGAGCGGAGGGAGCACGCCUAACCUGACUGGCGCACACACGCUGCCCGACGUCUCAAAGUCCAUUUACGAUGGAUAUCCAGACAUCAAGAUGAACGUGAAGUUCGUCCAGGACACGUCCAAGUACUGGUACAAGCCGGACAUCACCAGAGAGCAAGCCAUCAACCUGCUGAAGGACAGGGAGCCCGGCGCGUUCAUCAUCAGGGACAGCCACUCCUUCCGCGGAGCCUACGGCCUCGCCAUGAAGGUGGCCUGCCCGCCGCCGACCAUCCAACAGAACAAGAAAGCUGGAGACAUGACGAACGAGCUGGUGAGGCACUUCCUCAUCGAGACGAGCGCUAAAGGCGUGCGGCUGAAGGGCUGUCCUAACGAGCCCUACUUCGGUUGUCUUUCUGCUCUGGUGUACCAACACUCCAUGACUCCUCUCGCUCUGCCCUGUAAGCUGAUGAUCCCCGCCAAAGACCCGAAUGAAGAGGCGCUGGAACUUGCAACGCCCACGGAUCCGGUGGUUGACUUUCUGAAACAGGGAGCAGUGCAGAAAGUCCCUGAGGAUGCUCAUGCGUGCAGCGUCCUUUACAUCAACUCUGUGGACAUGGAGUCUCUCACGGGGCCUCAGGCCGUCGCCAAGGCGAUCACUCAGACUCUGUCCACCAACCCGCUGCCUGCCGCCACCACCGUCCACUUCAAAGUGUCCUCGCAGGGCAUCACGCUCACCGACAGCCAGAGGAAACUUUUCUUCAGGCGACACUACCCCCUCAACACAGUGACCUACUGUGACACCGACCCCCAGGACAGAAAAUGGGGGAAAGAAGGAGGAGGCUCCGUGAGGCUUUUUGGAUUUGUGGCGAGGAAACAAGGAAGCACAACAGACAAUGUGAGCCACCUGUUUGCAGAGCUGGACCCCGAUCAGCCCGCCUCCGCCAUCGUCAGCUUCAUCUCCAAAAUGAUGAAGCGGUGAAACCCCCUCCCACUGAACGUGCAGAUGGCGGUGGCCAUUGUUGAAAUCUCCCAUCGUCGUUCGUUGGUGUCCUCUCCGCCAGGACACGAUGAUGUCCUUCUUUUUUCUGUUUCCUGUUUUUCCCUUCUUUUCUCUCUCUCUCUCUCCCUUUUUUGUCUCUCUGCCUUGCUGGUUUGUCUCGACUUUUUGGGAAAGAUUUGACGCGGAAACAAAGCGCUAGAGGAUGUGCUGCGUGGAGCUGCGGACGUGACAAACAUGGAGGCGAGUGAAGGGAGAAACUGAACUCACAGGGUGACCUGUACCAGAGGAUGAAAAAAAGCUAGCUAAAGACUUAUGGAGGGGAAGCUAAGUGCAGGCGGGAACACGUUAGGACUACGUUUCAGGGUUUUCUGUUGUCGUUUUUGUCGAUUGAUUUACCAAAGGUAGUUGCAACACAAGUGCAAGAAUGAUGUAGCUAUGAAGCCAUUUUGAUUUCCUCUUUUGAAAGAAGAAGUGUCGACAAAACAAAGAUUUAAAAAAAAAAAAAAAAAAAGACGUUCUUGAACUCAUCUUCAGGAAAAAAAAAGUUGGCCUUGACGGCUUUUAGCAAAACAGAAUCUGAAGACCUUAUGCAUGUUAGCUUGAUCUUUAAGCUCGGUUCUUCUACCUUCCACACAGAGAAAAAAAAAAAGAAAAAAAUCAUUGUGAAACCUUUCGAGUGGUCAUCUCCGGGUCUGUUGUGUGUUUGGAAAGGGCUCUGCAGUGAAACAAAGACUGAUUUAAAAACUGCGCACAGCAGACCAGACUUUGAAACUUUAAAAAAAAAAAGAAACAUGCCACGCUACAAAAAAAAGGUCAGCGCACUUUGCAUCGGUCCAAGCCUGAAAUCUCUCAAAUAAUGGAGGACGUUUCGACUGCAAUCAAAGACUUUGUCCACAAGAUGGCGCCACUCACUCAGGCUUGGACCCUCGCCCCUCUCUCCCCCUCCCCCCCCCCCCUUCUUUCGACUCCCAUCACCAACUGCUUGCAGUCUGUUGAAACACACUGGAAACCACCAGGGGGCGACCCCACUCUGGACCUAUGCACUGUCUUCUUUAUGCAUGUUGUUGUCCCCAAAUCUUGCACCCCCCCCCCUCCCUCUCUCCCUCUCUCUCUCUCCCACCGUCCAUCACCACAUUCACUGAAAACAUUCUACGCUUUGUGCUAAAAAAAAAAGAAACAACUCUUAAAAAAAAACAAAAAACCUUUAGACAAGUACAGUGAAGUUGCACGACUUGUCGACAGACUGCAUGAAAUCGAAACAUUUUUUGUACGUUGAGAAACGAAGAAGACGAAGUAGACGAACCCAUUGUUGAAGUAGUCCCUUGACGGUGAGAUGCUUUCUUUCUUUUUUUCUCUUUUUUGGUUUUGGUCCAUUGGAGCCAGGGUUACCUUUCACUGUAUCAAAGACAGUCCCCACUUUCUGUUCCUUCUUCAUCUCACGGUGUCGUCGACAGUUCCAUUUAGAUUCUGUUAGGGCAAAAAAGAAAACGUAAUGUUUCCACACUGUGCGCAAACGCCUGCUUCUGAACACGCUCGAGCAUCACAAUAAGCUAAGGACAAAUUGAUCUUGAUAUAAAUGUACAUAGAUAUACUACUUUGAAAGGUGACAUAGCGAAAAAGUAUUUAUUUUUGUUGCUUUGGUCCCUCAUGAUUACUCAUAUAUACAUAUAUUGUACAGUCUAGAUAAAGAAGAUUACCUAAAAUGGGUCGAGAAAAAAAUAUAGACUUAUUUUGGCUAAUGAUUUCAAAGUCUGACGAUUUUGAAAUGUGUUUGAAUAUAUGGUGUACAUUACUUUGUACAUGUAUAUGUUUGUUUUGUUUCUCAGCUCGUCAUUUUUUUUGAUUUUCCUCUUUGCGUUCUCUUUGAACGAGGUAGGGCAUGAAUGAGAUAGAAGACUUGCAUGGACUGACGCAUUUUCCCUCCAGCGCAGAGUGGCGCUCGUAGACGAGGACAAAAGUGCGCCGUAGCUGGUAGACAUUUAAAAGGUCAAGAAGACGAUUUUAGCCAAAAAAAGGGAAGAAAAAACAAUAAAAACACCCUCAAAUGCAAUAUGAAAACAGCUGUAUGCACCCAUGACAGUUCCUUUUAUCAUUUUGCCAAAGAUUCAAACACUUAACAUCUAUGCUGACUGGCUGCAUGUCGCUUUUUUAUGUUCCAUUUUGUGUGUGUGUGACGCACACGCAGCUUUUGCAGCCAAAUUUACGGAAAUCUACCGUUUUUUUUUUUUUUGUGGUAAAAAGUAACAAGGGGCCUUUAGAUUGACAUUCAUCUGCAGGUGACUUGUUUUGUCUUUUAUUUAUGUCCGGAAACAGGCCUGCUGUGCCCUCACAAUUGGAAGUGUGUGAACAAAGCACUUAUAUUAACGUUAAAAAAAAAAAAAAGGUUAACGAAGUUGGACGCGUCUCACCGUGACGCUUAAAGCUCCACUGCUGCAGCAAUUUUAUUUUUGUGUGUGUGUCUGCCAAAAGGUGUCUUCUCUGACCCUGUUUCGAAAAGCCGCGAUUUAUUUAUUCUUAUUUAUUUGUUUUUAUUUCUUAACAAGACUUCAUUGUCGCAUUAUCACAACGGGCAGCGUCAACGGACGGAGGCGUGCGCGGUGGCCGCGAAUUCAGAGCAAAACAGGUCGAGCGCACGAGAGAGACGAUCAGUCUGAAGACGUUUUUGAAAACAUCUCUGAAUGAAAUCCUGGAUUUGCUCUGUGCCAAGCGUCACCGCUGUGGAAGAGACGCUGUGCACAUGAGGGGACUGGUUGUAUGAAUGUGCUUCGACAUGGAUGUACAAAAAAAAAAAAAGGGUCUCCGAUUUUGUUUGCGCUUCUCAUUUACAUUAUAUUGUCAUGGCUUACCUGUUCCUAAGGAGAAAAAAAAACAUUAAAGCAAUACAAAUCAGUUACAUUAAA